AUGGUCCCCUUCUCCAGCCUAUUUGCGGCCUUCGCCGGCUUUACUGGAGUGUUGGCGGUGCCCACUGGCCUUGGUCCUUCGCCAAGCAGUGGAAACAUUACAGAGCGUGGCAUUCAUGACUUUGUUCUUGGGCUUCACAAUGAUGUCCGUCGUCGCGCCAGCAUCAACUACGACCAAAAUUAUCAAACUGGCGGAACUGUCAACUACUCUCCUUCUAGCACUGGAUUUUCCGUUAAUUGGAACACUCAGGAUGACUUCGUCGUUGGCGUUGGCUGGGGAACUGGAUCCACUUCCCCUAUUAAUUUUGGCGGUUCCUUUGGGGUUAACAGUGGAACAGGCCUGCUCUCUGUCUACGGUUGGACCACUAACCCACUUGUUGAAUACUACAUUAUCGAGAGUAACUCGAACUUCCCUACAUCGGGCACUGUGAAAGGAUCUGUCACUAGUGAUGGGUCAUCUUACACAAUAUGGGAGAAUACCCGUGUAAACGAGCCUUCCAUCCAGGGCACAGCAACCUUUAACCAGUACAUAUCAAUUCGAAAUUCUCAGCGAACUAGCGGAACUGUGACGGUUGAGAAUCACUUCAAUGCCUGGAAGUCACUUGGUUUAGAUCUUGGAACCUUUAACUAUCAGGUUAUUGCUAUUGAGGGCUGGGGUGGCAGUGGUUCUGCAUCUCAGAGUGUUAGCAAUUAGUAGUAGAUGUGGAAUAUAGGAUAGAGUUGUGGUGGCUACUGGUAUACAGAGAAGGGAACCGCCAGAAUGCGGGAAACAAUUUUGGAGGUACCUAGAUGGGGAUGGAACGGAUGAGG